UUGGCUCAUCGCAGUGCUUGGCACGGCUCGUUUACCAUGGCGACUGCGCCGCUUCUGCCGAAGACGGGCAAAGUUGGACACUCCAAGGCCUCGAUCUUUUACGGGGCCGACGAGUACCUGGAGGAGCUGAAGAAGAAGUACGCCCGGGACCACGAAAUCGCUGCGUUGAAGAACUUGCUGCCCGGCGAGCGCGACCACUACGCCGCGGGAGUGGCUCGUAGCCAUGACAAGAUGCUCAAGGUUGAGAAGAACAAUGAGAACCGGAGUUUGAAGACCAACCGGCUCUUCCCCACGGCCAACAAACCGGAUCCGAUGCCCCAGAAUUUGGCGUUCUUGUUUACCAGGAUUACGCCUGAACAGAUGAUGUACAUGUGGAAUGUGCUGACAGCCAUCUUCGUGUUCCAAGUCUUGCUCGUGGUUCUGUACUGUGGCCUGCUUGCACUCUUCCCCGGGCACUGGUGGACCUGUACCCUGAUCUUCGGCAUUCCCUUCGCGUACACUGCGAUACAGCAGAUCUAUAUCGACCACGACGUCAUGCACGGCGCGACGUUCCCGGUCUACGAGUUCCAGAAGUUUCUGACGCACCCGUUCGCAGAUUUCUUCUCCCUGCCCUGGGAAGAGUUCGUGUUGGAGCACAACCGCCACCAUGCCAGCACGGUGGACCUGCUGAUCCAGGGAGAGUUCGGCUGGGACCCCGAGGAGUUCCAGUACGCGCUCCAGCAGUGGGCAGGACCCAUGGGGCCCAACUGGUACAAGUACCUCCUUACAGUGCCCUGGAUCCCCAUCGUCCACUUCUUUGGGCUCAACGACACCGGGGCCUUGUUCGCCUUGGAGUGGUGGAUGCACUUCCCGGACGAAGCCAUUGGGGGCAAGUGCAACAAGGAGUUCUGGAGCAAAUGGGCCCCGCGGCGGGUGAAGCACAACCUCUUCGUGCUGGGCCUUUGGGCCUGCGUCUGGUUCCUGGGCUCUUGGCCUCUGGGCAGGGAUCUGAGCCAGGGCUGGCGGUUCGUGUUCACGGUGUCCUUCUUCGCGCGUGUGGGCUUCUCGGCAGCUUGGAUGUUCAUCACCAACUUUACCCACUCCCUGCCCUGGAACGAGUUCCUGGCACAGGACCCGGCCCGCACCUGGCCAGUGCUGCACGGGGUGAUGGCGCUGGUCCUGGGGGGGAAGCAUCGCUGGAACGAGAUGCUCUUCCACGACGUGCAUCACGCUUUCCCCAACGCGGUGGGCACGCUGAGCCAGCGCGGCCGCUUCCACGGCUGGCAGAAGGUGCACGACGCCGCGGCGGAGGUCUUGGCGCGCGGGCUUUGGAUGCCCAACGGCGACGAGGAGACGCAGAUGCAGAAGAUGGCAAGGAAGCGGUCCCUGAUCAUGAAGCAGGGCAAGUAGACGGAGGUUACGAACCUCCAGCUUUCAAUGGCUAGUACAGGCCGCAGGGCGGUCAAACCAAGUUUCAACUACAGCACCUCAAGAGAGGCCCAGCGCGAUGCAUGCGAUGCAUGCGUGCGACAUGUGUACAGUUCCCCGGCGCAGACAGAUGUGCUCGGGGAUCUCCCGGGUUUUAACGUCCCCCCGGUUUUAUUUCGUCCGAAGGGCCAUGCGCUUGCCCGCGCGUGUUUUACAGGGCUCUCUUCGGGUUUGGGGGCGGCCCAGGUUUGAAACCGGUUUUGGCGGUUUUCAGGGAGCCUUGGGCAGGGUUCCAAAGAGAUUCCCAAUGAGCUGGGGAUUUGGUUUGCGU